UUCGUGUCUGCCUGGAAUUUCGGGAUUUAAGUGAGACCGCCCCAGAGCUUUGGAUCUAGGCUAGCAAUUUCAUUUGCAAUCGCACAAGAGCCCACGGUUGUAGGAAGAAAGGGGGAUGGUAAUAAGGCGAUGAACAACCCCAUGGAAGCCCGCAGGCGUAGAGCGUAGUUUGGGAGCGUGAGUGAGUGGGCGUGACGUCCAGAUCUCUGAUGCUGGGGCGUUAAUAUUGGGCCUCUCUUGGAGGUUGGGUGGUCGUUGUUUUGGAGGAUCACUGGGACGGACGUGGAUGGGGUUAGCCUGGCUGGUUGAGGGUGGAGGUGGUGGGUGGUGAUGUGCUGCCAGCGCCGGUGUCGAUGUCGAUCAGGAACCCCCUGGUGAUGAAGCAGCAGUUCCUGAGCUGUCGCGUUGGAGAAUCAUAUUAUGAUGUUAUGCAACUGUGCUGCAGCAGCGCCCCUUGUAAGGUCGAGUGGAGGAUUCGGUGUUGAAUGGUCAGGUAGUUGCAGUCGAAGCUGUGAGCUGUGUGUUGAGAGUUUUGCGGCGUAGUUGGUUCGGUGUCGGUGUAUUUGUGAGGUCGGGCUAGUUAGUGUUCUGGAGAUGGUGGUAGAUAGUUCAAGUUCAGCUGGAUAAUCGGGUUUGUGCGGACGCGCCUAGUAGAGAUUGCAAGCUGGGCUGAGUUCAUGGCGGCGUUCUUAGUAGGCUAAGUUGAAGUUGCUAAUUGAUUGUGUGAGUGGGUGUUUGAGUUUUGCUCCAAGCAACGCGAUUUUGGGUAGUAAGGACCGUUCUAUGAUGUUUUAACUGACGAGCGUGAUCGUGCUUGAGGUCGCCGCGUGAUGGUCGUGCCACCUCUAGGUUGAUAGCUGCUGUUGUCCUUUCAUUGUCGAUGUCUUUCGCGAGGUGCUGUCCUUUUUUUUCCUUUUUUUUUUUUUUUUUUUUUUUUUUUUUCGCGCUCUCUCUCUCUCUCUCUGGUAAAAAGUCAUCAGUCGAUCAGGCAGUGUGUUUUUGGUAACCUUUAAGCAACCAAACAUUAGUCCUCACCACGAGAGUUAGCCCUAAGUUACAGUGCUCACUGUUUGGUACAGACCUCCUUUGAGAGUUGCGAGGUAUUAUUUGCGAGCUACUUGCUGCAAAUAGGGCUCGGUCCUUUUGCUUGAGAACUGCUCCUCGACUCUUUCACUUUCUGCCCAUAGCUAAUGUAGACGGCAUUGCGAUUGAGGAGCAUCGUGUAACGUUACAGUAACCCUAGAAAGAGGCGUGUUUUCUAAAAGGAGUCGGCAGGCAAGAGUAAGAAUCACUUGCUGCACAUGAGCCAGCAAUACAUGGCGAUGGCAGUCAAUGGGAGCCACGUUCACUCAGGCAUCAGCAGUUCAGGGCCUCAAGCGCCUGAAAAUUGUUGGUCGAGCACAUCCUGGGAGCAUCAAAACCUGACGGACUCAUCUUCCAUGGAGGGGAGUGGCGGGGUAGACUACGUUGGCAGUGGCAGGAUGGAGUGGGACCUCAAGGCAAACUCUUGGGAAUGGGAAAAUCUGACCAUGGUGUACCCUCAGCAAGGCGAGGGAAACCAAAGGUUGCACAAUAACGAUUGGCCGGUCAGUGCGGCUUGCAGUGCCGUUACCCUGGCCACCACAUCUGCUGGAGCUUCGGAUUUUUCGAUUGGAUUGGCAUCAGGGAGUAGCACGCCUUCUGGAGCAUUGUCCGUAUCAUCAGGUAUUCCUGGUGUGAGCGCUGGAAGGGGCAGCUGCGGUGCUGAUCUCUCCUCGUUAGUGAAGAGUGAGCCGGAUGAGAAUGGGGCGGAGCGGACAGUGUUGGGCACGCCGGCCACUCUGAAUGGUCAUAAGCACAGGCUACUUUUCGAUUUGGGGGGAGUUCAGUCGCGAGGAAAUGGUGAGAGGUCACCAGAAAAAGAUGACAAUACAAGAGCAGCUGCUGUUCCGAGCAAUGGCAGCAGUGCGGUGAGUGGAGCAGGAGAUUCCUUAAACAUUGGGUUGAAGCUUGGGCGUAGGACGUACUUUGAAGAUUCUACUGGAGUAGGGCAUGCCAAAGGUUUGUCCUCGCCUGCACCCUCACCUCCGGGGAAGAAACAGCGCGUUGUGGCUCCUAGCAUGCAGAUCGCGCGUUGUCAAGUGGAGGGCUGUAAGGCUGAUCUGAGUGGUUGCAAAGAUUAUCAUAAGCGUCACAAGGUGUGUGAGAUGCACUCCAAGGCGCCCAAAUGCAUUGCAGCUGGGAUUGAGCAGCGUUUCUGUCAACAGUGUUCGAGGUUCCAUGUCCUGACUGAGUUCGAUGAAGGGAAACGCAGUUGUCGUAGAAGGCUGGCAGGUCACAAUGAGCGGCGCAGGAAGCCUCAUCCAGAGACACAUUCCGUGUUUGGUUUGCGUAACUCAUCUCCCCUGUACAGCGACUCUUCCACACUAACGAUGGAUUCUGCACCGUUCUAUUUCCUAGACAGCAAGCGGUCCAGCAUUUUGCAUCGUCAUAGAGGAUCAUCUCUCGAUGAUGAGCUUCAUUCAUAUUCAGAUACUCUAAAGCGCACGAACCCCUGGUCGACGUUGAGGAGGGACGAAAACAGUCUGGCAUGUCAGCUUCAGGCUGCAAGCGCUGAGAGGCAGUCAAUCUUCUCAACACUAUCCCGUCCGACAGCGGAUCGGCUACUCUCGCUUCUUCAGAAUCCAAAGUCGCAAAUGCCAGCUCCGAACACAUCCACGGGCAUGAAUCUGGGUAACCAUCACUUCCUAGAGGGUCCUUUAGGUCCACUAGGCCAGGGUUUAUCGCUGUCCUCUUCGACGGGAGGGGUUCUUGGCAGCUUGGAACAAAGUCGUGUCGGUUCCUGCUCCCAGAGCCUCUCCAGUGUGUCUGGACUGGCGAACUCUGGCCGUGCUCUCUCUCUUCUGUCAUCGCAGUCAUGGGCCUCUCGCCCAACCCAAGGUGCAUCUGCUCCAGUGUCUCUGGGCCUGUCCCAGGCGGACGACUCUACCCUGGAGCAGUUGGUGGCCAGCAGUAGUGAUUGCAGCAACCGAGGGUCUCGGUUCUCUCACCAUCUGCAACUUCCUUGUGGAGGGUCAUCUACAAGUGCACAGCAGCAAUUUGACAAGCAGUUAUCUAUCCAAUCUGGUGGUCUUGAGUCUGUGGGGCUGAAUUGUGGACUGGCUGCCACCGGUAAUGGUAAUAUCCUGUCUGGUUUAGGAGGGGGGUAUGACGAGACGAAUUCCAUACUUGCCUUAGUUCAAGCCGGCCAGGAUAUUCAAGCCUUGAACUCCGGUUCUUCUCAUCAUGCUCGCCCAACAAUCGACCUUAUGCAGAUGCCCAGCUCUCACAGCAAUGGAUUACAUUCUCAGGUCUCUGGCAGUCAGUGCAGCGGGUUCAACGCCCUUCGUCCUUUCGAGUCUUCUGUUUUCAGCACUCAGUAAGCGCCGAGAAUGUAAUCUGAAGUCGGCAUAGUUUUUUUGUGAAAUAUUUUUCCCAUUAAAUUUCUUUGCAAGAGAUUUUGUUGUGGGUUCGUUUUUGCUCCAGUGAACCCAGGUCAGGAGACCGAGAAUUUUGUAUAUCUCUAUUUGGCAUGUGGAAUCCGUCUUAUUACUAUCACGGCAUGGAGCUCUUUUGCAAACAACUUCAGGACCACUUCCGUGCAGCUGAGAUGUAAUUGAUCUUAGUUCGGUUGUAGGCUUUUAGUUCCGCGUUUUAGGCCGCUAUUUCUUUCAUCAUUAGGAUCUGUUAUGCUUUGACUGUUGAAGCAGCCUCUGUAUUACUAGGAAACAGAAAACAUAUACGGCUUAUUGACUCGUAAUUCCUUUGUAUUCUAGAUCCAUUUGUGCAGCUGUAUUUAGCAUUUCUGGCUGCUGAGACUGUCUUUCUUUGGAAACGAUCAAUUGUUCAAGUUACAAUUCUGUUUUUGUUCAUGGCGA